AUGAGUAACUUAUCACCAGAUGCCUGUCGCACCUCAACGUUGCAAAAUUGUCCGCCAAAAGGACCAACAGACCCUCAUGAAUUUUGCGACAGCUCAUUUGGCUUGACCAAACCGUCGAGCCAGACUGUCGGACUAUGUGGGUUGGCUGUCGCUACUUCGAGGGGUGAUAUUACAAUUGGUCAACUAGUCAGCCACUGUUCAUCAGACUUCUCUGUCACAGCCAAUCAAGCGGCCCAGUCACCAGAUCCCGCCUCUAGUCAUGACUUGCCGGUGCCCCAAGGGCCGAAUGGAAGGCCUUACCCUGCCCGGCAUAACCAGACCAACUCUAUUCUUCAUGCUCGGACCCGACAAUACCAGCAUGCGCCUAUGCCUAUUCCAGUUCGACAACGUCAGCAUCAAGCCAGUAGGUGUCGUUCGAAUUCGAUCGGUGCCUACAGUUCAGCUCGAGAAGCCUCAGUAGAAGCUACUCGAGUGACUGCUGUACCAGAUCCCUUCUCGGAACGUGGCCAGCUUGCUUCUGGAGUUCUUUCUUCACCCUCGCCUCCGCAGCUGGCUUCGCAGUCUUACCUAGCGUCAUCGAGUUCUGGCAUGUUGGCCCAAGUGGAGAGCGUGGAGAGUGUGGAGGAGGCCGACAAUCUCUCAGCAAUUUUGAUAAAAAAUACAAUGGUUGGCUGCCAUACUUCAAGGAGGUUGUUGCCAGAGGGCUAUGAAAAGGUGGGCGGAUAA